UAGUGACCGCUUAUUUCCGGUUUUUAACCCGUAUCGGGGAGGCGAAAUGCGGCUCGAGGCCGCGCGUCUCGUGCCUUUCGCGCUCAAUUGAACGCGGCCGGUCGGCCGGCACGUUCCGCUCGGGCCGCCGUUUAACGCCGGUAAACGCCAGGGUCGCUCGGGUUUAACGCGGUGAGCUAGUAUACUUGUCAACCGCAGGUUAGCAUCCGACACAUGGCUGCGUUUAUGCGCAGUUCGCCGUAUUACUAGUAUUGGUUAUGCUGUGUCAGUCUUACUAACCGGUAGUCCUUCCACAUCUGGAUUUUUGCUAUAUUAUUCCCGUUUCGCUGUCAUGGUUAGCGGUAUUACUAGUACUGGUUAAGGUGUGUGAGUUCUCUGUUCUUCCUAACCCAUCUACAUCUAAGACCUGACUACGUAUUCCACCGUCACGGGUAGCGGGGUAACUAGUACAAGUUAUGGUGUGUGAAUUCAGCAGUCUUUCUAACCGACAGUCCGUGCAUCUCUGUAUCCUGACUUUGCUGUAAGCGUUUAGCCGUCCUGGUAGCGGUAUUACCAGUACUAGUUAUGGUGUGUCAGUUCUCUAGUCCUCGCACCUCUGGAUCCUGACUCUGGUGACUGCGAUGAUGCUGUGAAACGCCUUGAGUUUCAUCCGCCGGUCGCUCCUCCAUGACACCGCUAACAGCUGAUGGGAGAGAACCUAUUCCACAAGCCCACCAUGGUCUCCAGGCUGCCAAAAUUUGGUGCCCGGCCUGCCGGUGGCACCAGCCCCAUGUUGAAUGGAUCCGGCCAGUCCACACCUAGUGUCGAAGGGAAGGUUCCCCCUCAGGGGAAGAUCAACGGAAUGGUGCAUGUGUCGUCCCUCCCCGCCCUGAAAAGAAAGACCGGUGGUGGUACUGCCAGCGUGCCGAUGCCAAGGUCUGAGCAGGACUUGGAGGAACAAUUGGUGGCCAUGACGAGGGAGGUUAAGAAUGCUCCUGCCACAGCCUCCCAGCCCCGACGCACCUCCCCUGUCCCCAGGGGGACCCCUCGUGGAGGUCGUGUGCACGGUACGCACAGCAGCAAACUGAAAGGUUCGAACGGUGGCCCCGCACCGUCCCGCUCCAGCCUGCGGCGUUUGGUACCUGGCCCUAGCUUGCGACAGGGCCUGUCUCGGUCCAGCGACAGCCUGAAAGCCUUGUCCCUAGACAACAUGGUACGUUCACAGAGCUUCAGCCAUUUCAAGCAGCUUCCCUCCGCCAGUCCCUUGCCUGUGUCCAAUUCCCUGUCUUUUAGCAAAGGCCAGGCACGCUGCAAGCCUGUUUCCGGCAGACCCUCCCCUAGCACUAAGGAUCCUGCAGCAGCUGUUGGUCUGGCGCCCCCUAGUGUUCCAAAGAAGGCUCUGCUACCCGGGAAGCCCUCGGUAUUGAGCUACAAACUGACCCGGCCUUCCAUGGUCAAGCAUCCACGGUCAUCAUCGAGGCAGGGAAGCAGGGACUCCAUGGUGACGCCCCUCACCUCCCCUGAUCCUCCAAGUGACCUAGGGGGGACCCCGGAGGAAUCCCCGGGCCCCUCGGAGUCAGAGCAUAUCCCUCAGUGCCCAGCAGAGUUUCCGGAAGACAUGUCAUUGUCUUCUACCUCCUCCUUGGAGCAUGUCGACACCAGUGAGGAGUACCUGGACGACUUUGAUAACCUGGGGGACGUGAACGGGCUGCUGCAGGUGCUCCCGCCCCCCAGGGAAGGGCUUCUCCAAUCACAGCCCCAUGCCCUUAUUGACAACACCCCCCCCAGCCGGCAGGAAAGCACGCCCAGCCAGACGAGUCUCCACAGCUUGCUGUCCGACGGUGUGGAUUGGGCAGAGAUGGGCCUGACAGGGGGAGACAACGAUUUCGGACUGCCGAACUGCCACAACGACCAAGCCCUGUCCCCGGACGUGGGCUACCCACACGGCUCAUCUUUAGACCUCUCCCCCUCCGACAGCUCCGGGGGCACCUACAUGUGGGACGAGGAGGGAUUGGAGCCCCUUGGGGUUCCCACGCACCCCUGCGGCAGCUAUGACUCUGACAUCAACAGCAUGGACAUUUUGAACAACCUAGACAACCUGGAGUCAUGUGACUUGGAGGAGGACGACCUCAUGCUGGAUGUGGAUCUCCCCGAAGACUGCUCGCUGCACAGCGAUGCGGACAGAUCGUCCUGCACGGAGGGGCCAGGCGACCCGGGGCUAUGGGGGCGGUCUGGGCAGGGCCACGCCUCUGACAGAGAAUCCAUGUUUCCGGAGCUCGAUAUCUACUCCGCACUGGGAGUGGACCAGCAUGCCGGAGGCUGCGUGCCACGCUGCACCAGUCCGUCCGACGUCGAGGCGGAAGCGCUGUGGGACCUGGCCCAGGACUGCUCCACUGUCAAGGCCCAGCUGCUCCACCUGAAGGGGCUGCUACAGAGUGAGGCUGAGGACACAAUACAGGAGGCCUUGCAGUCAGAUGCCCAGAGUCAAGAACCAAAUAAAGACUCCAGUGCUGCCUUCCAGGUGGAGGCGCUGUUGAGGGAGGUUCAGGAGCUGCGGGAAGAGCUGAGGAGUAAAGAGGAAACCAUCUCGCUGCUGACUCAACAAACGUCUGCGUCUGUGCAAGCCGGCGGGUGCACGUGCCGGAGGAGAGACUCCGGAGAGAGACGGAGCAGCAGCGACAAGGCCACGCAGACGCCCUGGACGCGGAGUGUGCCUCAAAUACUACAGCCUUCAGGCCCCCGGAUCAGCAAACACCUUGUCCAGGGAGCAUUAGCCGGAGAAGCUUCUUCACUAGACCCCGGAGACCCCUGCUCAUUCCCGCCAUCAGAUGAGGGCACGCCAGGGAGCCGGCCCCGCUCCCCUCUCGCCCCGAAUGCCGCCGCCGAUGCCCGCUCGGAGCCAGGGCUCUUCCAACCCUGCCAGCUUCUUGAGUUGCCUCCCAAGACGGAAGAGGCUGGGAAGUCCGUCUCAGACUCUGGUGUGGCCGUGAGGUCCCUCGUUAAGUCCCAGGCAGAUGGCAGAGCUCGUACCUCCUCACGGCACCUUGGCCCAGCACGGGGAAUGCCUGCCUCCAGGCUGCCCACCUCGGGGGGCGCUAGGAGUAUUCCAGGUCCCCAUCUGAGGACCAAGCAGCUGGCAGCCCCCUCCAGAGGCUUGUCCAGUUUUACCCUCAGGCCUCAGACAUCGGGAUCCACCCUGCCUGUCGCCACCUUUGGGGCCCCCCGGCUGCGUGGGCUCGGAGCGGGUUCAGGGGGCAGGGAAUCUGAGUGCUCCUUGGCCAGAGCCAAAGGGCCGACCUCUUCCCCCCACUCCCGUCUCCCCAAACCAAAGAUACAUCAAUAGUCUGACUGGCAAACCCAUAACACCAGAAACAUGGCCUGUAACCCUCACCGAACCCUGCGGGUCAUGCAGAUAAUGAGCGACUGGACAACCAACGUUCAGAUGAUCGAAACCCUGCCUCUCUGCUCUUGUUUAUUCCCUUAAUUUAUGACUGAACGAGCGGGAGAAUCUUGGCCAGAGUGAGAGUCGAAUCGUAGACAUUUGAGCACCCGAACAAAAUAAACAAUCCCUAUGAAAAUUGCAGCACAGUUGAGCUGCCCCCUCUUGAAUGUGGGAGAGGCGAAGGCUGGGUCAGUUGUCUUCUGAGUGCAGUUAAUUUGUUGCCUGUAGAUAGCUGUGCAGUUUAUUGACGGUGUCUCUGUGUUCGGGGGGGAGGGGUUGCAGGCCAGCUGUUUCCUACAGUUCCCCUUCAACUACCGCUCCUCCCAAAGGCCUGUGACUGAAAGGUUUCCAAUCGAUGGUUUUUCUCACACGCCACUCGUUGUGAGGUGAGGGGGUGAGUCGCCACAGAGGACAGUGAAGCAGCGUGACCACGAUUUAAGACCCUAUGCUGGAUGUGUAGGGCCAAACAUCAGAUGUGUUAAAUGACUCAUUCCAUGCCCUGUCGAUGAGUUCCUGACUUGGAGUGCAUUCUGUCAGUCAGCAGCCUGUUCUCACAUCUGGCUGGUGUGGCCUUCCAGAUGCUUUCAAGAGCUUAGCCGGUAUUGUGCUGGGGGGGGGGGG